AUCCAUGCUCCCUCCGUUUCAGUCGACGUUCAGGGCAUCAGCAUGGAGCGGUACACGGCGGCGUUCCUCCUGGGAACCCUCAUAUGCACGGUUAGCGGUAAUGACGUACAGAACUACACUAAAACGGAGGGAGCAUGGAUCAUCUCGCUGCAGAAGAGACAGUACUCUGUCAACUCUGCGAAUGAAUGUGCCGCUAAAUGCAACAUCGAAGCGGCUUUUACCUGCAAGUCUUUUAUGUAUGUUGAGAAGGACCAAGAGUGUUGGACAGCAGCAGCCAAUCACAAAACAGAUCUGAUAAUGCGCAGAGCCAGUGCAGCGUUAUAUGAAAACAAAGGAUACCUGUUGGAGUGUGUAAAUGGAAUAGGCAUGGAUUAUAGAGGAACAAAGUCCAAAACCAAGUCAGAAAAGACAUGUCAGAGAUGGGCUGCCAUUACUCCACACAUUCCCAACAUCACGCCACAGAAAUUUCCCCGAGGCGACCUGGACUCGAACUUCUGUAGAAACCCUGAUGAAGAUAGCGGCGGACCCUGGUGUUACACCACUGACCCCAAUACCCGAUGGGAGCACUGCAAUGUGCCAGAAUGUGAGGAGGACUGUAUACAAUGCAGCGGUGAAAACUACAGAGGGAAAACAUCCACCACAGCAAACGGUUUUACCUGCCAGCGCUGGGACUCCCAGAAACCUCAUAACCACGGCUACAACCCCAGCGCUCUUCCUGAUAAAUAUCUUGAGGAGAACUACUGCAGGAACCCUGAUGGAGACCCCAAACCGUGGUGCUUCACCACCAACCCCACCAAACGGUGGGACUUCUGCUCCAUACCCCGCUGCACAACUCAGCGUCCUACCAUCACGCCGGAGCUCAGCUGUGCCAGUGGUGAAGGUGGAAACUACCGAGGCACAGUGGCAGUAACGGAGUCUGGUAAAACGUGCCAGAGUUGGUCGGCUCAAACACCCCAUAAACACAACCGCACCCCAGACAACUACCCCUGCAAAGGCCUCAAUGAAAAUUACUGCCGUAAUCCUGACAACGAGAGGAAGCCCUGGUGCUACACAACUGAUCAAGAAACUCGCUGGGAGUACUGUACCGUGCCGAAGUGCGACAACGCAGCUUCACCAGGUGAUCCGGUGAUCCCGACUGAAGAAGAAGACUGCUACGAGGGUAACGGUUCAAACUACCGCGGCAUAACAUCACAGACCAUCAGUGGAAAAAAAUGUCAAGUGUGGACCUCCAUGACGCCACACACCCACAACAAAACUCCUCAGAACUACGCAAACGCGGACCUGAAAAAGAACCUCUGUAGGAACCCUGAUGGAGACAAAGCUCCCUGGUGUUACACGACUAACCCCGCUGUUCGGUGGGAGUACUGUGAUAUCGAGAAAUGCCCCACCAAACCCACAGCUGUCUCACCCACUAUUCCUCCCAAAGUACAACAACCUUUAUCCACCACACAAGCUCCUACUAUAACAGACUGUAAGGUUGGAAAUGGAGUAACAUAUCGUGGUCCCACUUCUCUGACUAUGUCGGGGGUGACCUGCCAGGCCUGGAGUGCUCAGCAGCCUCACCAACACAAUAGUUUCACCCCACAAACUCACCCCGACAAAGGUCUGGAAGGCAACAGCUGCAGAAACCCAGACAAUGAUGUCAAUGGUCCAUGGUGUUAUACAACUGACAGGAACAAGAAAUGGGACUACUGUCAAAUCCCUGAGUGUGAAGGCCUGAAAUGUGGGAUACCAGAUACCAAGCCAAAGCGCUGUUUUGGUCGCAUCGUGGGUGGCUGCGUAUCGAAACCACACUCAUGGCCCUGGCAAAUCAGUCUCCGCACAAAUACUGGAUCCCAUUUCUGUGGAGGAACUCUGAUUCACCCACAGUGGGUUGUCACGGCUGCUCAUUGCCUUGAAAGGUCCAAGCGGCCGGAGGCCUACAAAGUUGUGCUGGGUAUCCACAAGGAGACAGGCGAUGAGUUGUCCAAGCAGGAGAGGACUCUGGAGAAACUGGUGCUGGGACCAGGUGGAGCAGACAUUGCUCUGCUCAAACUGAGCAAGACAGCCUUGAUAAAUGACAAAGUCCUGACUGCUUGUUUGCCUGAAAAAGAUUAUAUCGUACCCAGUGGAACUGAGUGUUACGUAACCGGAUGGGGUGAGACACAAGGUACGGGCGGUGAAGGCCUCCUGAAGGAAACUGGAUUCCCAGUGAUUGAGAACAAGAUCUGUAAUCGUCCAGACUACCUGAACGGCCGAGUUAAAGACCACGAGAUGUGUGCUGGAAACAUCGAGGGAGGAACAGACAGCUGUCAGGGUGACAGCGGCGGUCCUCUGGUGUGUUACUGGCAGAGCAGAUUCAUCCUGCAGGGGGUGACAUCCUGGGGUUUGGGGUGCGCCAACGCCAUGAGGCCCGGAGUCUACGCUCGAGUCUCCAAAUUCAUCGACUGGCUUGGCAGAACCAUCAAAGCCAAUUAAACCAUGAGAUGUCUUAAAAUAAGAGUAGUCCCAGGAUGUUUUCUUUUUCUUUAUUGAUAUUGUAAAGUUCAUAAUGUCAUAUUCCAAAACAUGUUAAGAUUUGAAUUAUCUAACAUCAUAACUGUGCUGUGGUUCAUUCUGACAGUAAAAAGGUCAGACUGCACUUACAGGGUAUUAUCACAAUCCUGGGAGAUCUUCUUUCUGGAAAAUGU